UGUUGAUAAGAAGGGAAUGGCAUCAAAAGUACCUAGGUGGACCCCCAUUUUUGCACUCAUUAGAUCAAUGAGACAAAAGUCCAUCCCCAUCCCUCUCUCCCCUCUCUAUUUCGGCCAAGGCACAGCAAUCAAGAGCAAGGAAGCUCCUCAUCCUCCUCCCUCCAUUGUUGAAGAGAAAUCAUCAAGGAAGAAUCACCCAAAAAGGAGCUAAAGUGCUAAAAGUGUGAAAUAAUUAAGGAACUUGUGAAAGGUAUUUCAAGUGAUUUCACAAAGUUGGAAAAGUCGCCGGAGUUGUCGCCGGAGUUGACCGAAAGUCGCCGGAGUUUCACCGGAGUUCAACCAAGAGGGGUAGAACUUCAUACGCUAGUUCAAGGUUGAAGCUAGAGCUUGCUACUUGCACCUUCUCACGGGUGAUAUCAAAUCAGGGAGACGUGGUUCGUGCUUCCUUAUUUUCUUUCAAACUACCGAACACUUGCUCAUGGAUAUUUGUUUUACUAUAAACUAUUUUUGGGGCUUGCAUGCCCAUGUUGUCGGCCGGUUGUGGCCCAUGACUUACCGUUGAAUAUUUCCGCUAUUCAUUGGUUUAAUGUGAUGUUGUUAUGUAUGUUUACUACUGAGUAUGGAUGGAUUGUUUUCUCGAACGCCUUGUGUAAUUAAGUGAGGUUGACCCGUGGGUGACGCCACUUAGUUAUACGGCGGUUGUACACGCGCUUGGAUUACGGUCUGGGGCGUGACAAACCUAGAGUUGAUGCAACUCAGUACAGACAAAUGCCAGGUUGUCUGAGGUUUAUGUGUCACAGCAGGCCUGAGAUUAUGUUUGGAGUAGGUAUGGUGAGCAGGUUUAUGCAAGAACCUAGACACUCACAUCUAGUUGCAGCCAAGAGAAUUUUGAGGUACUUGAAAGGGACAUCAAGGUGUCAAAUCUUAUUUGCUAGUAAUGUACAUGCUUCCUCUCAAGAUUCUGAACUGGAGUUAGUUGCAUAUAUUGAUUCGGAUUGGUGUGGUGAUAAGGUAGAUAGAAGAAGCACUAUGAGGUAUGUAUUCUUUCUGGAGAAUGUACCUGUGUCAUGGUGCUCCUCUAAACAAGAUGUUGUAGCAUUGUCUACUUGUGAAAUUGAGUAUAUUGCAGCUUGUCACACAUCUUGCCAAGGGUUAUGGCUAUUGUCCUUACUUAAGGAAUUGAAUCAGGUUCAUAAUAGUGGACUGGAACUUUAUGUGGAUAACAAGUCUGCUAUAAACCUUGCCAAGAACCCGAUUACUCAUUUAAGAAGCAAGCAUAUUGAAACAAGGUUUCACUUUCUCAGAGAUCAAGUUAAUAAGGGGAGAGUACAACUGAUCCAUUGCAGCACAACUGAGCAAGUAGCAGAUGUCUUUACUAAGGCAUUGAAGACUGAAAGUUUUCAGAAGUUUAAGGAAAUGUUAAGAGUAGUCAGUUUGUAAACUUAGCAUUGUUUUUCUUGUUUUGUUUGUAAAUCUUGGUAUUAAAGGGGGAUGUUAAGAUGUAUGUAAUUACCAAGAUUUACUGGAUAAGUGUAUUUUACACUAUAAAUAAUAAAUGCAUCACGUUGGGC